UCCAAGCCUAGUCCAGCAAGUCUGAUAAUCGGACGUGAACGUUCCGACGAGACAAUCUGACACCGCAAGCACCCGAUUUACCAGGCUCUGAGUUAGCAUACGGCACCCCAACGCCUAGCCUGACCCCCCACAGCUCCGGGAUAUCCCAGCCCCGGUGCCUUGUGCAGGUGGUGCAAACGCCCCUGCUCUCCGGCGCCCCCUGCCGGGAAGAGGGACAGCGGCGACCACGGAAGAGCAGGACGCCGGGCUGGGACAGAGCUCGUGUACCGGGAAGGAGCCGGGAGGAAGCAGGGACCUUCCCUGAUGGUGCCGCCGCCUCCUCCGAGCCGGGGAGGAGCAGCUAGGGGGCAACUGGGCAGGAGCCUGGGUCCGCUGCUGCUGCUCCUGGCGCUGGGACACUCGUGGACCUACCGAGAGGAGCCCGAGGACACCGACAGAGAAAUCUGUUCAGAAAAUAAAAUCGCGACGACCAAGUACCCUUGUCUGAAGGCUUCAGGCGAGCUCACCACAUGCUACAGGAAAAAGUGCUGCAAAGGAUAUAAAUUUGUUCUUGGACAAUGUAUUCCAGAAGACUAUGACAUUUGUGCCGAGGCUCCCUGUGAGCAGCAGUGCACAGAUAACUUCGGGCGAGUGCUGUGCACCUGUUACCCAGGAUACCGAUACGACCGCGAGCGACACCGGAGGCAGGAGAAGCCAUACUGUCUGGAUAUUGACGAGUGCGCCACUAGCAAUGGGACGCUGUGUGCCCACGUCUGUGUCAACACCUUGGGUAGCUAUCGCUGUGAAUGCCGGGAGGGCUAUGUCCAGGAGGAUGACGGAAAGACGUGCACCCGGGGGGAUAAAUACCCCAAUGACACUGGCCAGGAGGAGAAGUCCGAGAAUGCGGUGAAAGCUGGAACGUGCUGCGCCACGUGCAAGGAGUUCCACCAGAUGAAGCAGACGGUGCUGCAGCUGAAGCAGAAGAUUGCCCUGCUCCCCAACAAUGCUGCUGACCUGGGCAAGUACAUCACUGGUGACAAGGUGCUGGCCUCAAACACAUACCUUCCAGGACCUCCCGGCCUGCCUGGCGGCCAAGGCCCUCCUGGCUCACCAGGACCAAAGGGGAGCCCAGGCUUCCCCGGUGUGCCAGGCCCUCCUGGGCAGCCCGGCCCCCGGGGCUCAAUGGGACCCAUGGGACCAUCUCCUGAUCUGUCCCACAUUAAGCAAGGCCGGAGGGGCCCUGUGGGCCCCCCAGGAGCGCCCGGAAGAGACGGUUCUAAGGGAGAGAGAGGAGCGCCUGGGCCUAGAGGGUCUCCAGGACCCCCCGGCUCUUUCGACUUCCUCCUACUCAUGCUGGCUGACCUCCGCAAUGACAUCGCCGAGCUGCAGGAUAAGGUGUUCGGGCACCGGACUCACUCCUCGACAGAGGAGUUCCCUUUACCUCAGGAAUUUUCCAGCUACCCAGACACCAUGGACUUGGGCUCUGGAGAUGAGCCCCCGAGGAGAACUGAGACAAGAGACUCGGAAGCCCCCACAGACUUUUAUCCCUAGCACAGCCUGGCUUCUUCAUCCCAAAGGAAGAGAAAGAAGAGCGUUUUCAACUGCGGUUGAGUCAUCUUUAGAGAAGAAAAACACCACUGGAAACCUAGGAAAGAUCUAUUUCUUUAAUCUUCUCCUGACUUCUCCCUGUGUCUCUUUGUCCAAAUACCAUUUUCGAGUCCCCUGACACCCACCACAGACGUGA